GCCUGACAAGAUCGACGGAUUUCGCUCAGAAUGCUAAAGGAUCUCGUCAUUUUCGCAAGUCUCAUUUUCUUCAGUUACGCUUGUUUAAUUACGAAUUGCCCUCGCGGUGGCAAAAGAGGUGACAUCGCGCCUUCUCUGGGAACUGUCACUCGAGAAUGUCCUCCAUGCGGUCCCAAUCAUCUGGGUCAGUGCUUUGGGCCACACAUUUGCUGUGGUCCUAGUAUUGGAUGCUUCAUAGGAACUCCAGAAACAUACCGGUGCAGGAAGGAAAGUCCAUAUGCCAGGCCUUGCAUUGCAGGAUAUGCAAUGUGUCGUGGAAAUACAGCUAGAUGCGCUACAAAUGGAAUUUGUUGCUCACAAGAAUCUUGCCAUAUGGAUACAUCAUGCAGAAUUUCUGAUGUCGUUGACAAUGAUCGUAAAAUGGACACUGAUCUGAGUGUAAUAUUGUCAAGCAACGAAGCUUCCCAUGAGAUAUUUCAGUAAUAUAAUUAAUUUCAUAAUUAUUACUUAUGUCCCUCUCCACUUUUCUUUUCAUGCUUCGACUUAUGUAAAAAAUGUAACAGCAUUGUGCUAACGAUGAGGCGAAUAAUAAAAAUGUGUAUUUAUCACACAGAUGCAA